CGAUGCUUGCUCGCCACCUAACCACCCCGGCCAGAUCAACCAACAAUCCCAGCUUAACACAGCGCCGACGCCGAGGCAAGCAAAGAACGGGCGGCCGGACAGGCGGACAUCACGCCCCAACGGCUGUAGCCACUACAGUAGCUAGCUCGAGAUCGGCCGUACGUUCACAUGGAUCGAUCGGUUGAAGGGGCAGCGGCGCAGUACUACUCCUCGGCGAUGGGCCCGCUGGCGGGCCAGCUUGGCGAGUGGCUGUGCCGGGCCGUGCAGCCCCCGGCACCGACGCCGUGCGGUUCCCCCGGCGGGCCGCCCGUCACGGCCCGGCGCGUCCGGCUGCGGGACGGGCGCCACCUGGCCUACGAGGAGACCGGUGUGCCCCUGCACCGCGCGCGCUUCCGUGUCGUCUUCUCCCACGGCUUCACCGGCUCCCGCCUCGACUCCCUCCGCGCCUCGCCGGAGGUGGCCGAGGAGCUAGGCGUCUACAUGGUGGGCUUCGACCGGGCCGGCUACGGCGAGAGCGACCCCAACCCGGCCCGCACCGUCGAGAGCGCGGCCCUGGACGUGGCCGACCUCGCCGACGCGCUGGGCCUCGGCGACAAGUUCCACCUCGUGGGCUUCUCCCUGGGCUGCCACGCCGUCUGGGGCGCGCUCCGCUACAUCCCGCACCGCCUCGCCGGCGCCGCCAUGCUGGCCCCCGUCGUCAACUACUGGUGGCCGGGGUUCCCGCCGGAGCUCGCGGCCCAGGAGUACGGCAAGCAGGCCCGAGGUGACCAGUGGGCGCUCCGCGUGUCGCACCACGCCCCGGGCCUCCUCCACUGGUGGAUGGAGCAGAGCUGGCUGCCAUUGCCGACCUCCACCGUGGCCUCCAACACGACGCACCUCCCCAACAAGCGCGACGCCGAGGUCCGCCGGACGCUCGCCGCCGACGGGACGCUGAGGGCCAAGAGGGAGAUGGCCACGCAGCAGGGGAUCAUGGAGUCUUACUACAGGGACAUGGCGGUCAUGUUCGGGAAGUGGGAGUUCGACCCCAUGGCGCUGCCGGAGCCGGAGUGCGAGGUGCACCUGUGGCAGGGCGACGAGGACGGGCUCGUGCCCGUUGUGCUGCAGCGCCAUGUCGCCGGGAGCCUCCGGUGGGUCAAGUACCACGAGCUCCCCGGCACCGGACACUUCCUCUCCGCCGUUCCCGGGCUCGGCGACACCGUUCUCCGGACACUCUUCAGUAAUUGAGCAGACGACAGUAAGACAAGACAAAGACAAAUACUAGUAGAUGUAGUCACGGAACUACGGUAGAAUGUUUCCUUCGUUGCUGAUGCUAAUUAUACAUGUGGACAUCACCUGCGGCAGAACUUAGAUUCUGUCUUUUCCAUUUUUAACUUUUCUGUACUGGAAAAUUAUGUUGCCAAGAAGCCCUCAAAAGUGAGAAGUUAACAUUAUUAUCCACUGAUUGUGAAUACUAAUUAUAUAACUGGCCACCGGAGCCACUGAAUUUCA